CGUCGUUCCAUCGACAGCUUCAGCGCGCGAUGUUUACGACGGUUACUCAUUCCAACGCGACGGGGGGCCCUCGAACUCUCAGCUACGGCCCUGGCGCUGCGCGCAGCAACGCCGCGAGUGCUCCCUCCGCGCAGCACAGGCCAGAAGCAGAAGACGCCAUUGUGGAGCACGGCCUUGCCGCCGUGUGUGGGUCUCGUGAUUAUUGUGCUAACGCGCGUGCUCUAUCCUCUCUCUUUCUCGUCGGUUCUCGCGAGAGCAGAAGAAUCCGAGUGUAUAUAUAUAUACUCGUAAUCGUCGAUACAUCAGGAAUAACAGGCAGCGCUCAGGUAGACGGUGAGCCUGGCGAUAAGAUAAUACUAUACGGAGAGAAGUGUAGAAGGAGACGCGUGACACGAGCCUCUCUAUCUCUUCCCGAUUAGACUCUGGCAAACGCAGUAGCAGCAGUGUGUUGGGUUAAUUUCUCGCCACCGCUCCGAGCGCGCUCUUUCUCUGCGUCAGACGCACGCACACUUGCGAGCACUCUAUACUUACACACUCCGCAUAUUGUGUCUGGCUCUGCGUCGUCUCUCUGCAUGUGUCUCCGCCGCGAGUCGUCGGGCUUUUUUUUCGCCGUCGGUAGCAGCAGCUGACUGUACACUACACGCACAGUCCGUGUGCAGCUGGAAAGAGAGAGAGAGAGAGAGAGAGAGAGAGAGAGAGAGUACAGUACGGACGGAAGAUUGAGGUUAGAAAGGGGCAGGUCCAUUCGAAGAGUAGCACCGCGCGCGUGUGUGUGUGUGUGUACGGCAGUGAGAGAAGAGAAUAAGCGUAUAUACGUUAACGGAGUACCUCGAAGACACGGGGCUUGUUCAGGAGCGAGGCGCACCCGCGGAUAACCUGAGCACGACGACGAGAGCCCAGGCUGCAGCGAGAUGGAGAGCCAAGCUGUCUUCGUGAUGCUCGGCCUGCUAUUAUUAGCCAACAACCUCGUCGAGGUCCAUUCUGCAGUGAAGUACACGGGCAGCGAUGUGCCGAUACGCGACGGCCAGCCCUGGAACAUCACGUGCAGCGGUGUGCCAUCCGGCACGAUGGUACUGUGGAAUCGGAACGGCAACAGCCUCGGCAACGACCUGGCCACUGGCAACAUGCACGUGGAGCCGCCGAUGAAAAUGCCCGACGGCACCAUUACUAGCACCCUAGUCGCCGCCGCGGCGCUCGAGAGACACGAGGGUGUCUACGUCUGCGCCGAGGGCAACGAAACCGGCUAUCAUCUCGCCAUCGUCUACGACGUGACGAUCAAGGUGUUGACGAAAAACGACAGCCACGUGGAACUGACCUGCCCGGAACACAGCAGCUCCAACGACAUGGUCUGGACCAAGGAACAGCAGGAACUGCCCAAGAACAAGAACAUCAAACUCGAGUCGGAUGGUACACUGGUCAUCACCUACGAUUCCGGCAAAGAUGGUGAAUUGGUCUACGGCAACUACAGCUGCAAGGCCGGCAACGUAUCCAGUGACUACCGGGUCGUCAAGAAACCCGUGGUGCACAUGAACGAGUGGUCGAACAGCGUCGAGGGCGAGAAGUUCCGCGUGGUCUGCCAAGUGAAGGUCAGCGAUCCUGGCCUGAAGAUCCUCUGGCAGGUCAAGGGCAAGAACUACAGCAACUCCGAGGGCCGAAUCAAGCUGACCAAGGACGGCGAGAACGGCGUGAACAACGCGGUCCUCAACCUCGACAACGUCGUCAUGGAGGACAGGGGCAACAUCAGCUGCAUCGGCUUCUACAACGUCGGCGACAACAACGAGAUGCACUACGACAUCGCCACGACCUACCUCAGGGUCAAGGACAAGCUCGCUGCUCUGUGGCCUUUCCUCGGCAUUUGCGCCGAGGUUGUCGUGCUCUGCAUCAUUAUCCUCGUCUACGAGAAGAAGCGCAACAAGUCCGAGCUCGAGGAGUCCGACACCGACCAGAGCCCAGACACCAAGCCGACCCCGAACAAGGACUCCGACGUAAGGCAGAGAAAGUAAAAAAAGUCAAAGCGCAAGGACGAAGAGCGGAGCUGUCAAGGGAACGUUUUCUUCAUAGGGAAGUCGCUCGGCUAGUCCUCCUUUGAGUCACAGCAGACGCGAGAGACUUCUUCCUGCGAAUGAUGUGUCGCACACCGAAUACACAGAAUUUUUCUUCUUCCGAUCGAAAAGUUCGGACUGACCGACGCUCUCCUUGUUGCGAACUCUGCAAGAAAUAGAGAAAAUCGAGAUUACAAAAAAAAGUAAGAAAGGACGAUGAGGAGUUGAAAGGAUUAAAAAAAAAAAAAUUAUUAGAUGCACGCGGAUAGGCGCCCGGCGGACUGCUGAGCUCGUCGGUUGGUUUUCAAGCAUCAAAUAUGUAAUAGUUAUAUUGUGUACACACGCUUAAGAGUAAACUAUAGUAUAACUUGAUGGGGGUAAAAGAAGAAGCCGCGAUGCAGUGUGUCGUUAUUGAAGAAGAGAUGGAUUUAUCUUUUAUUCUGCACUUUUUGAGAUUUUUUUCUUGUAAACAGAUGUGACAAGCGCAAACAAACCAGGUUCAUAUAAAACCUGAAAUUUUAACGAAAGAGUUCCACCUAAUUUUUUAGUCGAGUUUCUUCGCUGUACGUCGUGCGCCUCGUCCGCUUAUGUAAUAUUGUAUCAAGCAUUAGCGAUCCUAAUUGCGCGCGUCGCUGUUGUCUUUAACACGAUACUGUCAUUUAUUACCAUUACGAUUAUAUAAUAUAAAUAUAUAUAUAUAUACAUACAUUAUUAAUUAUAUACAGCCUAUCGUUACGAUGAUUUUUGAGUAUUACGUCUACGAUUAUAAUUGUUAUAUUAUUACCAUUGUGCUAUCUCGUUAAGGCUAUCCUUUAAGACCGACACCACGCUAGUGUUACGUAGCGCACGGAUUUUCUUCGUGCACGGCCAUGUGACUAUAUAUUGAAAAAAGAAAAUAAUUAAAGAAAACGGGGGUGGUUCUUCGUUUCCUCGGGAGAUCGCGAUUAGUCACGCGAAUUACCACUUCCGUCGUCGACAUUAUAACGAACAAGCAACAAAUUAUGAGCGGUAAUUUUUCUUCUCAAGUACAUAGCUAAAAGCAAACUUCUUAUAAACAUAAAAUCUCGCACGUAUCCUGCGACUGUGCAUUUGUAAUUCGUUGUAGUGAAAUUUGUAACCAUUCUCUAUCUCGCGGACGAAGUACAGUCGACUUCUUCCAGAGGUACCUCGCGGGCAGGUUAGUUGUUCUACACGAAAAGAGAAAAUAUAUAAGGAAUUAAGUCGUAUAUACAUACAGAGACGAGAAGAAAAGAUUAUUACUCUGGUCGUCGUACGUCUACUUUCGACGAUCUCCUGAUGAUACUCGAGAAUGUUAAAACUACCCUUAAAUGCCUUUGAAGGUCAUUGAAGUAAGAAUAAACGAUAUUGACACGUUGAGUAUGCUUUUUAUUCUCUAUCGAUGUUCCGUUGCUUCUUGAUUGUUCUUUUUUUCUGUUUUCCUUUGUCGAGGCUUGCGUCGACGAGCGCUGGAAGCUUAUAGCAAGCUCUUACUUCGAGAUAACCUACUUUCUCUGAUUUUUAUGUUUACGCGUACAGUCAGGUCUACGAACUCUGUAGUAGUGUCGAAUGAAUUUUAUUUAAGAUAAUAACAUGUGUAGCGUAACCGUUUGAAAGUUUAUUUGCUAUAUACACCUGUCUCGAUGACUCGUUUUGUAUCAAUACUGUUGAAUUGGAAAUUAAAGGAAAUUUUAGACUAUGUA